UUACUCAAAAUGUAUAUAUAACGUCCCAAAUUCGGAAUUGUUCUAUCAUUUUCAAGUAAUCUAAACUCGACCAGCAUCUUCCACUCACCUAGAAAUAUGAAGGUUUUCGUUGCUUUGUGCGCCCUUUUGGCAGUCGCUGUCGCCCUCCCCGUCCCUGAAGACGAAAGCCCCAAACCCUAUUCCUUCAACUAUGUGGCCGAAGGUGAAGAAGGCUCCAGCAGCCACUCAGAAACUGCUGACGGAACCGGAGUUGUCCGAGGAUCAUAUACCGUGACCGACAUUGAUGGCCGAAACCGAGUUGUCGAAUACGUUGCCGGACCCGACGGAUUCGUCGCCAAUGUUCGAACCAACGAACCCGGAACCGAGAAUGCUGCCCCUGCUAGCGUGACCAUCGAAUCCACCGCUGACAAAGCCGUCAUCUUGAGCACUCCAGUGAAACCUGAAAUCAAGCCAGUUGCUCCAGCUCCCGCCACUGUCACAAGCCAAGGUGUUCGAUAUGUCCUUGUCCCUGUGACUGAACCCCAAGCAACCCCUGUAUCUAGUUAGAAUGAUGUAAAAUUUUGGAAUUUUUAGUUUUUUGGAAUUAUGAAAAGUACCUUUUCAAGACAUAUGUAUCUAGCUGUCGAUUAUCUCAUCUUAGUCUAAUAUUUUAAGUUUCUUUUAUUUAUGCCCUAUUCAUAAAGCAUAUUAAUCAGUGUUAAAUAUUCCUUUAAAGCUAUUUCCAUGAAUAUAAAUCGUCAUAUUGAACAUGUAUUCACAUGAAUAAUACUAACUAAUAAUCGCAUGAAUAAUACUAAUUAACUAAUACUAGGUGAAAGAAAUAUAUUGUUUUGUUGAUAUGUAUUAGAGAUUUAUGAAAAAUAUUUUCUUAGAGCUUAUAUCAGAAAUAUUAUUUCAUAUUAGUUAUAUGACUUCAAUGUCUUUGUUAAUUUGUUAUACAGAUUUUUGUUACCACAAACUUAUAAAUAAAGUAGUUAGAACUGA